AUGCCAUCAAAAUUAGCUAAAGAUCCAAAAGACUGCCAUUCCUGUGAGUUGCACCACGGACUAACUACUCACACCCAACUACAUCUGCGAAAUCUAAUGCAGAAGUGCCAUGUCGAGGUUUUCCAUGACGAUCACGAUUUCAUGCUGACUCCCGAACAGCAAGCAAUACUGCAUGGUAGAAAAGCGUCUUCAAACCUCACCGCAUACUGGAGCGACGAUGGUGGCUUCCCUCUUAUUCCCUUUGCCUUCUAUGAUGCAUAUGUCAACCGAUACAAGGUUUGGAUGGCUAUCUUGGAAUGGAAGCAGGCAACUUGUAUUAACUUAAUGGAAGUGUCUACAGGGUACAGUGGCCCGCACCUGAAGAUACAGAGGCAUGCUGAUGACUGCAGGUCCUUCAUUGGCAUGGUAUCCACAACUGGUCAAGAUUUCUAUAUUUCUGAGGAUUGCGAGAAUCAGCAUGGCGAACUGCUACACUUGCUUGGGUACGCUAUCGGAUUCUGGCCAGAGGAGACUCGCUCAGACCGUAAUCAUUAUGUCCAGAUUAAUAACGACAACGUUCUGGCAACUGUGGUGGACAACUUCCCCCUUAAUUCUGAUAACAACUACAGCGUACCGUUCGACUACUGUUCCAUCAUGUUUCACCACGAGCGGGCUUUCACGAAUAAUGGCGGAAUAACAAUAGCCACAUUAGACCCCUUAUACCAAGGGGUUCUUGGACAGCGCUCUCAGAUGUCUCACAUGGACAAACUGUUGGCAAACACUAUGUACCAGUGUGCGGACAAGUUGCUGAGCAAGUGUUCGCUGGGCAGUGAUCCUUGUUCGAACAGUGGAUACCUGGACAAAUCAUGUAGUUGCAUAUGUCCGGACGGUACAAGCGGGACCUACUGUGAUACUGUCACUUCUGCCUACAAUGGUUAUAUCUUCCGAAACUAUAAUCUCAUCACCGACUUCUUCAACUUCACCUACUGGUAA